AUGGCCGCCGAGAAGCCCGAUAAGAAGGAGAAGAAGGACAAGAAGAGAAGCGACGAGUCCGGCAUCUCCAAGCCCAAAAAGGAGAAGAAGGAUAAGAAGGAUAAGAAGGAGAAGCUCGCCGCUGCCCUCGAGGAGAAGAUCCAGCAGGAUGCUCCCGUCGCCGCUGCCGCUGCUGUUGAGAACGACGACUCCGAUGCUGAGGAGGAGAAGGCUGCUGAGCUGCCUCUUGAGCGUGUCGUCGUUCCCUUCGCCAUCCCUGUCGCAGAUGACAAGGGCAUGAAGAAGGUCUACAAGACCAUCCGCAAGGCUGCCAAGAACAACACCCUCAAGCGCGGUGUCAAGGAGGUCGUCAAGACCCUCCGAAAGUCUGCCCCCUCCGGUCCUGGCAACACCUCUUUCCCCGGUGUUGUCAUCAUUGCCGGCGACAUUUCCCCCAUGGACGUCAUCUCCCACCUCCCCGUUCUGUGCGAGGACCACAACGUUCCCUUCAUCUUCGUCACUUCACGCGCUGAGCUCGGUGCCGCUGCCAAGACAAAGCGACCUACAUCCGUUGUCAUGAUCAUGGAGAAGGCCGAGGGCAAGAAGGCCAAGGACAAGUCCGCCGACAAGGACGGUGAGGACGACGGUGAGGCAUUUGGCGAGAGCUACGCUUCUCUUGUCAAGUACGUGCAGAAGGAGUACGGCAAGCAGGCUUUCUGGGUCAAGGGCGGAACAAAGUACUAG